AUGGGGUUUGUGGUUUUCUUGGCAGAUCUUCGCAUGUUUGGCAUGGUGUUGAAAUAUACAGAAGGGAUUUGCUGGGUCAUGCAUUAUUAUUAUGAAGGAGUCUGCUCCUGGCAAUGGUAUUAUCCUUAUCACUAUGCUCCAUUUGCUUCAGAUUUUGUUGGUAUUGAAGAGUUAAAGGUUCAAUUCACGCUUGGGCAACCCUUUAAACCAUUUGAUCAGUUGAUGGCUGUACUCCCCGCUGCAAGUGCACACGCUCUUCCAGUGCCUUAUAGGAAGCUUAUGACUGAUGCAUUAUCACCUUUGUUGGCUUUCUAUCCCACAGAUGUUGAGCUGGAUAUGAAUGGGAAACCGUUUUCUUGGCAAAUAUUGAUUAUAUUUUUGGGUAGUUGA